GGGGUAAAACAAUAAAUCGAAACCGAUCGCUUUAAAUGUUCAAUCUCGUAUCUCGCAGAUCAGAAAUUGUCGGCGAGAGACCUGUAAACACCUGGCUGUGUAAUUUCAAGUCACUGUCACUUAUAUUACUAUUAUUAUCAUUAUUAUUACUAUAAUCCUUUCUGUUUACAUAUAGGUCUUUAACACGCACUUAAUAUUGUUUACCAAAGAAAUGGUGAUGGAGAAACCAAGUCCCCUGCUUGUAGGGCGGGAGUUUGUGAGGCAGUAUUACACGCUGUUAAACCAGGCACCAGACUUCCUGCACAGGUUCUAUGGGAGGAACUCUUCCUAUGUUCAUGGAGGUCUUGACCCGAGCGGAAAGCUGGUGGAAGCGGUGUACGGGCAAUCGGAAAUCCACAAGAAGGUCAUGUCUCUGAAGUUCAGCGAGUGCCACACAAAGAUCCGGCACGUGGACGCCCACGCCACGCUCAGCGACGGCGUGGUGGUGCAGGUUCUCGGCGAGCUCUCCAACAACGGGCAGCCCAUGCGGAAGUUCAUGCAGACGUUUGUGCUUGCCCCAGAGGGUUCAGUGGCCAACAAAUUCUACGUACACAACGACAUCUUCCGCUACGAGGACGAAGUUUUUUGCGACUCGGAAGCGGAACUUGACGAGGAAUCAGAGGAGGAAGUUGAAGAGGAGCCAGAAGAGAGGCAGGCAUCCCCCGAGCCGCUGCAAGAGAGCCCCAACAGCAGCGCCUACUACGAGCCCCACCCCGUCACAAACGGAGUGGAGGAACCAAUGGAGGAGCCGGCUCCCGAGCCGGAAAUGGAGCCAGAGCCCGAGCCCAAGGUCGAGGAGAUAAAAGCCGAAGUGGACGAGAAGGUUCUGGAAGAAACGGAGGAAAAAGCUCCCUCGCCGGUCCCGGUUGAGUCUCCGCCUCAUGCGCAGGAGCCACCCAAGACCUUUUCAUGGGCCUCAGUGACCAGCAAAAACCUGCCUCCUGCCGGCACCUCCUCUGGAAUCCCACCCCACGUUGUUAAAGCUUCAAGUUCACAAGCCCGAGUCGAAGCCAAACCAGAAACGCAGGCAGCGUCGCUCCGACCCCGAGACCAACGCACCCGCGACAGACCGGUCUUCCCCCCACGAGGCCCUCGACCAGAUGGCGCCCCAUCAUCGGAUGCACAAAUGGGAAAACCUCACCUGAGUUUUGUUAACAAAGGCAACAGAGGGGAAGGUGAACCCGGCGAAAUGGACGGCAGGCGAACCGUACGCUACCCGGACAGCCACCAGCUUUUCGUCGGCAACCUCCCGCACGACAUCGACGAGGGCGAGCUCAAAGACUUCUUUAUGACCUACGGGACGGUCGUGGAGAUGCGCAUCAACACCAAGGGUGUCGGCGGCAAGCUCCCCAACUUUGGAUUUGUGGUUUUUGACGACUCUGAUCCCGUGCAGAAAAUCCUUGGGGCCAAGGUAGACGGGCCCAUCAUGUUCCGAGGCGAAGUCCGUCUCAACGUGGAGGAGAAGAAGACGCGGGCGGCACGUGAGCGAGAGAUCCGGAGUGGCGGUGGAGUCGACGACCGUCGGGACAUGAGGCGCAAUGACCGAGGACCCGGAGGCCCGCGGGGCCUCAUGGGAAGUGGCAUGAUGCGGGAGCGCGACGGCAGGGGACCCCCGCCCCGGGGCGGCAUGGCUCCUAAACCCAGCAUGGGGUCUGGAAGGGGCUCUGGAGGCCUCGGUGAAGGGCGCUUCACAACCCAGCGCCGUUGAGAACGGGAAGUCGUACCGCUGGCUUCAUCAUUGUCAUCUGUUAAAUUUUUCUUUUUUUUUUGGGAGGGGGGGGGUUUCCCCUUUUGCUUUGGAAUUAUGACGCACCCUGCCGAUCGAGGUUAUUUAGUUGUGAGCCGAAGAUCCUCUUUUUUUUUUUCUUCUUCUUCUUUUUGCUACGACAUGAAAUUACAAACUUAUCAUUUGUACAUUUUGAGUGGGGAAAGCAACCAGGAGUCAUUUUGUGCCACAUUCGGAGGGACUGAAAGACUUUAAGUACCAUUUAAAAAAAAAAAAAAACAGCCCGUUGUUCUGGAUAAAAGAGAUUAUCUGCCUUGACUUAACCUUCCAUUGCACAUUUUCUAUGAUAGUUACUGUUGGAAGAUGCAAAAGUUGUGCUGUUCCGAAGGGAAAGGCCUGCCUUUUUCCCCCCCCACCCUUCCACUCUUUCAAAAUUUGCAUUCGCCAAUAUGCACUCAUGGAUACCUUUUUUUUUUUUUUCUUCUCCUUUUUCUAAAGUUGGCAUUCUCAGAAAGCCGACUGAGCGACACAACACAAACGGGGCAGGCCUCGCUGCUGUGACCAAUGUAUACCGAAAAUUUACAUUUUACUGCUGGAUGGACAAGAUGACCUAUUUUUGCCUCGUUUCUAAUAUAAAUAAUCCAAGAUGUUCACCAAAUGACAGUAUGUUUGAACGUGGGGGGAGGGCAAAGGAUACAGACGAAUGGAAGAGUGGCGCUCUGGUUUCUUUUCAUUCAAACUUCGUCAUGUUUUUUUUUUUUUUUUUCCCCAGCUACGGAUGAAGGACGCCAUUCCUGUCGUUAAAACGUGACAGAAUAAAUGUACAGCAAAAGUCAUCGUUUACUGUUUCGCAUUCCUUUCUCUUGGUAUAUAAAAAAAACAAAAAACAAAAGCACGGUGCCUUCUGCGUUCACCUUUUUCGCUGUUAACGAAGCAAUGCCGGACUUUAGUCAGAUUGAAGUUAAUGUUUAUAGUCCAAUUCCAGUUUUAAGAUGUGACUUUUUGUACAUUUUCUUUGCUCUUGUUUGAGUUUUGAGGGGCCCGUCUUAAAAAAAAUAAAAAAGGUUAAAGGUACAUUUAUAUACAGAAUUUCAUGGUUUUAAUAUAGUGCCCAGCUUUGACAUAUUGGAACCUCCAAAAUCGAAAGAAAAAAUAUAUUGAAGAUGUGCAAUGAAUUAGCAUAAAAACAAUGAAGAAAUUGUAUAGGCAAUGUUGAGAUUAUGAUCAGUCAAAAAAAAAAACCUCACGCCAAGUAAAAAAAAAAAGUCAAACUACUCACAUUUGGAAAUUAGUCAGUUUGUCAUAUGGCAGUAUUUUCUUGUAAAAUCUGUGAAUGCCACAUUUAGAUAAUUGGAUUGCUUAUAUUGCAGACUUUCCUGAUUCCUGCUUUGUGGUUUCUUUUUUUUUUCUCCCUCCCAACCCGUUGCCAUCUACUUUUCUGUGGAGUAACAAAAUGGAAAAAAUGCAACUUUCCGACUGUUUCCACUCUCAAAAUUGGGCCGACUACAAACUUUUGGAGGUUCCACUAUCUUUGUUUCCUCUCAGGUUUUCAUGUUUCUCAAAAUACAAUUUUGUAGACCACCCAGAAAGAACCUGAGAUCACCUUUCUAGCCACAUUUGUACUUUUCAUAACUGCUUACUUUUGCGCUUCAUUUCAUUCAUGUGCCCUACAGGAGGUUUUGUUUUGAUUAUCUUGCACUGAAAGAGGGAAAGUGAUGUAGCAACAAAUGAUGGGAACGAGGUCUUCCUUGUCUAGUGGGUAUUGCACUAUUUUUUGUUUUUUUGGGCGGGGUGGCAACAUUUUCAAGGACAAUCUGACAAUUUUGAACGUGGCCUCCAAUAUUCAUCUGAAUUGGCACAACCUAUUUUUCAGAGUCAUUUUGUUCAAUGCUUUAUCUGAAUUGUUUUGUGUGUGUGUGGCAGUGAAGAUCCACUGCUUACGGAUCUUCAAAAGCAGACAAAGCUGUAAAUUAUUAUUUUUCUCUCUGGUUGCAAGUAGACUGGAUAGUCACAGUGAAUCAUGCAAGUCCUUCUUUAAUAGAAAUAGACUGCUUACAAACAUAAUAGCCAUCUUUGACUGUGUUAACUUGGGCUUGUUGCUCCAAUACAUUUUUAUUUACUUUCCUCUUGGUUUGACUUUCCUUUCCAUUUUGAAUGUGUCAGACUCAAUAAACUACUGAUAUCAGCACCACUCAA